AUGGUUCAACUUCUUAUGUUGUUAUGCAAGUAUGGUGAUCGUACCAUUGUGUUCAAGGUUGUGUCAAACUGCACGUUGAAGGAUUUAACUGAUUUCUUAAGUUGUAAAUUGAAGAAGUUUGACAAUAGUGGUUGCAUACUGUUAUCGUACUGUUUGCCUGGACAUUCGCAAUGCAUGAUUGAUGAUGAUUCUGAUUUUCAGAAUAUGUUGUUGCUUGUUUAUCCCCUUGGUGUUGACCGGGUUGAUGUGACUAUUACUGAAAUGGGCAUUUCAAAUGAAAAACAUGGAGUUGGAGAAUCAGGGGACGCUACUGGAUCCAACAUUACUGAUGAUGAAAUGGAUUUACUCCCUAUGUUUUGUCAACAUAAAGAAAGGACUUUGUUGUCUUGUGGAUGGGUGAAUGGAAUUACUCAUGUAGGUCAAAGAUUUAUUGGAGGUGCAAAGGAUUUUCGGACUGCAUUAUGUAAAUAUGCCAUUGAGAUAGGAUUUGAGUUUGUGUAUGUGAAGAAUGAGAAGUGUCGGGUCACUGCUGUGUGUUCAAUGCGGGAGUCGAAAGCUUGUUUAUGGCGAGUAGAUGCAUCUUUGGAAAGUGCUAAUAAUUUUUUCUACAUUAGGACUCUAAAUGAUGAGCAUACUUGUGGAGCUGCAGUUCGUACUUCUAAAAACUCAAGGACGAGUUCAAAUUUGGUUGCAAGUUUGAUUGUUAAUGAAGUUCGUGGGAAUCCCCAAACUUGUCCAAUUGAUGUUGUGCGUCAAUUUACAGAUCAAUACGGGCUCACCAUUACGUACAAUCACGCUUGGUUGGGAGUUGAGAAAGCUAGGACUACUACUUUUGGAGAUUUCUCUAUGUCUUAUGAUGAGAUUCGAUGGUAUAUGGAUAUUGUGAUGAGCACAAAUCCUGGUAGCUAUUUGCGUCUUGACUAUAACCAUCAAAGUGGACGGUUCAAGAGGUUUUUUGUUGCAUUUAAUGCUUCCAUUCAAGGGUUUAGGCAUUGUCGUCCUCUAUUGUUUAUCGAUGGAACUUUUCUGAAGGGGAAAUAUAAGGGCACCUUGUUAACAGCUACAGCGAAGGAUAGGGAUCAAGGUUUUUUCCCGCUUGCAAUGGCAAUUGUCGAUACAGAGACUACAGACAGUUGGGAAUGGUUUUUUAUGCAUUUGUCGAAUAUAUUGUUGGAUGAAAGACCAAUUACCUUCAUAUCUGAUCGGAACGUUGGACUUUUGGAGGCUUUACCCAAGGUUUUACCUACUGCUUACCACUAUUUUUGUCUCCAACACUUGAAGGCCAAUUUGAGGGAUAGGUUCUCUGGUCCAAGUUUCAGCAAUACUUUCAGAAGACAAAAAUACGGUGAAAUGCACUCGAAUGUGGCAGAGUCUUUCAAUUCAUGGAUCCGUCAAGCUCGUCAUUUGCCCACUACAAAGAUGAUUGAUUCAAUUAGGUUGAAGAUCAUAGAUUUGAUGUCGAGAAGGAGAGAACAAGCUAAGAAAUGGAAUACUUUUCUUUGUUCGGAGAUGGAUUCAACAUUAGUAAAUGCUCUUAAAAGUGGAAGAACUUGGUUGGUUAGUCGUUCAAGUGAUCACGUUUUUGAGGUUCAAUCCCGGCCAUCGGUUAGCGUUGACCUCUUGAAUAGAACUUGCUCAUGUUACCAAUGGCAAUUGAAUGGAUUUCUUUGUGCUCACGCGGCGACUGCUAUCCAUAAGAGCGGAGGUGAUUUGUAUGCACAUGUGGAACCAUUUUAUUACACUAGCAAGUUCAAAGAUUGCUAUGCUGAGUCCAUUUAUCCAAUACCCACUGUUGAGAAACCUCUUGUAGCUAUGGAUGAUCUUGUUGUCCUUCCUCCAAUUUGUAAGAAGCCACCUGGUAGGCCAAGGAAGAAUAGGAUCCCAUCUAGGGGUGAGAAGAUAAGACGAGUACAGUGUGGUAGAUGCGAGAAGUACGGUCAUAAUAGGAAGACUUGCAAGGAGGCAUUGCCGUGA